AUCCAUUUCAGAUGGAGACCACUACAAUGCGAAGAUGAUGCCAUGGUGUUGAAAUGAGUGAUUUCCUGGACAAAUUUGGGGUCUUCAGGUCCUUCCAUUAUGAUGGCUAAUAUUCCCGCGGAAUUAAAUCGUUUCUGUAACUGCACAAAACGCCUCAAAACGAUUCUCAGUGAUACAAAGCGAUGUUUUAAUGAUAUAAACGAGGAUGGGAGACACGAAGUUGGACAAUUAUUUACGGUGGAACUUCUCCAAGAGGAAGAGGAGGAGGUCAUGUCAACAGCCACCAAACCUCCGGGAAUCGUGAUCCUGGGUCAGAACAUCUACACCAAAGGCCGCCUCAUCAACGAAAUCUUCAACCGAAGUCUCUUCCCUCUCGAGUACAGUGAAUCUGAAAAAAAUGGCAAUUACCGCAUGGUGCGAUUUAAACAUGGACACAAUUUAUCCGUCAGUCUUCAACUUCCGGAUGAUUACGAUCUUGUGGAUAAUCUGGAGUCAUAUAAAGGACCGUGGAAGACGAUUCCGAGAAAGGAUUUAGAGAUAAACGAUAAUGAGAUUGGGGACACGGCUCUGGGACUCGCUUUGUUGGAGGUGAAUUUGAAUCACGUGCUCCUCCGGCAUGGAGCCAGGGUGAUCGUGUCCCCCUCCUCCCCUAACUGUGAUAUAAGGCGUGUCUACACUGACUGUGUAGAGGAAGUCUCCCCCAUACUUAUCUACUGCUACGAGGAUGAAACUCUACCAGAAAAGGAUGUACAGCUAUUAAAGGAACUUUCCAAUGUCAGCCAUUAUCAGCCAGUCUGCUUUGUCAGAGUUCCUCCCCCUGGUCAGAAAAACUAUGAUCUGGAUCCACCAGAUGGCGCUCCUACCAGUCAGGAGGAAAUCCAGAAGAGGCAACAAAGGGGAGCAACUCAGGAAAAAGACAGUUAUAGCCUUAGUUCUAGUGUGGAUGAACCCGUGUAUAAGGUCAUGCCAGAACCUAAUUAUACAAAUGUGCCAAAAGAGAUUACACAGAAAAUUCAGUCCAAUUCAGAAGUGUUUAGACAAUUGUGUAAAAUCGGAUACCUGAAUGAUUCCCCGGGUGUCCGAAGCAUGCGACACACAAUCACGUCAGAUUAUUACGAGGUUGAUAGUGAAUUUGUGGAAAAUUUUGAGCUCUUUCCUCAGAAAUUCUUACAGUUUGUGCAACAGAUUCUUCAGCGGUAUUUAGUGAACUCAUCAACUGUGUUAAACAAUUCUCACGCUCGUUGUCUCAAUAUGUUUAUCAUAUCGGCCUUUGACAUGGCCAGGGACAUGCUAAUUACCCCGAAAAAGCUAGAGUUUGCCAGAGAAAAGGAAAGUGAGCUUUACAAACAACUCAUGGCUAUAGCUGUUGAAAAGGGAGAUGAAAUCAGGAAAAUGAUCGCUGAGACAAUCGGUGGCAUGAGGGAUCAGCUGAUCCAAAAGGCAGAGGAGUAUGAAUUUCUAGGUGUAGAUUUUAAUGCAGAAGGAGAGAUUUUGACCCAGAAAGGCCUGAAGAUCUGUACGUACCAGAUACAGGAGCUAGUCCUGGGAGCCCUGAACCAGGCUGUAGCCAACAAACUGAUGGAGUCCAUAGAUAUACUCAGGGACUCUUAUACAGGUACCCUGAGACGAUGUCUGGAGAGUCUGGAGAGAAUAGACAAAACGGAGGGAAACGAAUCGGGGUCAACUAGUGAGGCCCUCAAACAGAUUAUGAACUCGGCCUACCAGGUAGAAAUAAGCCUUCAGUCCAGUUCAUCUCUUAUCAGGGUUAUACUGGAGAGGAUGAAACAGAAUCUCUUAAUGAAGCUAGUACAGUCCAUGCCGUGGAGCACACAACCUAAGAUAGACUUGGAAUGGAAGAGGAAGGCAGCAUCAGACAUGCUGAGCAGCCUCAGUGAGGCCAGAUUGGCCAAGAACAUAUCUAGUCAGAUCAAAGAGAGGCUAAAUAAAUCCCAUGAUUCCUUUGCUGCUGCCCUUAAGCAGUUGGAACAGAAGCAUUCUGGGAGAUUAGACAGGAUAGAGGAGGGGCGGUUAAAACUCCGAAAAGUUCACGCUCCACGUGUAGCUAAGGUGGCCCUGGAGAGCACCUCCCUAAUGGAUGUCAUCCUGCAUGGCAUGCCACAGAUGGGCCGUGAGAUUGGACGAGGGCAGUACGGAGUUGUCUACUCCUGUGAUUCGUGGGGAGGUUAUUCCCCUUGUGCCAUAAAAUCAGUUGUUCCCCCUGAUGACAAACACUGGAAUGACUUGGCAUUAGAAUUCUAUUAUACCAAAAACAUUCCACACCAUGACAGAAUCGUGGCCCUGCGGGGCUCAGUGAUAGAUUACAUGUACGGGGGAGGGAGUACCCCCGCGGUGUUACUUAUCAUGGACAGACUGCAGAAGGAUCUAUAUGGGGCCAUCAAACAGGGACUGGACUGGUUGUCAAGGAUAGUUGUAGCUAUAGAUGUAGUGGAGGGGAUCCGAUUUCUUCACAGUCAGGGGUUGGUCCACCGAGACAUCAAACUGAAAAAUGUACUGCUUGACAAGGAAAACCGUGGCAAGCUGACAGAUCUGGGCUUCUGUAAGCCUGAGGCCAUGAUGAGUGGCAGUAUCGUGGGCACGCCCAUUCACAUGGCUCCAGAGCUGUUUACUGGUCGCUAUGACAACAGUGUUGAUGUGUAUGCCUUCGGUGUUCUGUUCUGGUACGUCUGUGCAGGAAAUGUCAAGCUCCCGGGUGCGUUUGAACAGUGUGCUAAUAAAGACCAACUGUGGACAAAUGUCAAGAAAGGACUAAGACCAGAGAAGUUGGCAGUAUUUGAUGAGGAGUGCUGGAACUUGAUGCAGGAGUGCUGGAAUGGAGACCCCAUGAGGCGCCCUCUACUGGGCAAUGUGGAAAAGAGGCUCCAGGACUUACAUGCAACAUACAAGAAAACCCAAGCCUCCAAAGAAAAAGCUCAACGAAGCAAACAACAGACCAGGAGAAUUCCUUCCAGUGGCUCCAGAUCUCAGUUUUGUUGUCACCCAGAUUUUGUGGAGUCAGGCAGUUUUGAUGAAUAUCCCUAUGUGGAAAUUGAGGAGGAACAUUUACAUUAAAACAAUUUGAUGGGAAAACAAGGUUUCUUUGUGUUAUAUGUAUUCCCACUGGUUUUAAAGUUUGGUUGUUAACAUGUUUAACAAAGCUCCAUGACUAUAAAGAAGUACUUACCUGUACAUAUGUACCAGAUAGCACCAUUUUCAAAAUAUUUUAAGUAGCUUUGAUUGGAAAAGGAUUCAGUGAAUAAUGAUCUCAUUAGAACUCUAACUUUGCAAUAUAAUUGGAGGAUUUCAUGUGCUUCUCAUUAUGAAACUUGUCAAAUAGAUUUUGUAAACAAUUCAAACAUAUACCUUUGAUUGCCAAUGACAAAUCAUUGGAUGUUCAAUUUCCAUCUGAAAUAAUCACUUUUAUUAUCAUUUUCACCCACUUGUAUUAUUUGUGGUCUUUUUAUUACAUAAUGUAUCUGAUCCUUGGGGUUGUUUCUGCAUAUUUGACAUACGGUAUGCAAUUAUUC